AUGACAUAUUCUUACAAGGGAGGCAUUCUCAAUUUGUUUUCUGGAAUGGAUCUUUCCCACAACAAACUGAGUGGAGAAAUUCCUCCUGAAAUUGGAGCCCUUAGCAUGAUUCAAGUAUUGAACCUUUCCCACAACAGUUUGACAGGACCAAUUCCAUCAACAUUCUUAAACCUGAGAGAAAUUGAAAGCUUGGAUCGUUCUUUCAACAACUUAGAUGGAAAAAUUCCUCCUCAACUUACACAACUAUAUUCUCUAGCUGUCUUCAGUGUAUCAAACAAUAACUUAUCUAGACAAGCACCCAAGAGAAUUGCACAAUUUGCAACUUAA